AUGUGGCGGUGGUUGUGUUGUGCUCGCCAUCUUGAUGACUCUUACGCGCCAAAUGAUAAAGAUCGCCAGAAAAGCCCAAAGAAUAAUUUUGAUGGUAUCUAUAUGCUCUCACCCCUGUGUGAUCUCUGUUUUUUGGAUCACAAAUUCAGGUUACCUUACAAAUCCUUUUAGCAGAUUCCUUUUGACAUACAAGUGUGAGAGGAGUGAAUAUUAAAUAUUUGAGCUUCAUGUUGUCUGUUCAUACUUCAUAAUUCUAAUGAUGAGUAUCUCCAUCAAAAUUGAGAAUCUGACUGCAAAAAUUAGGGGUGUCAUUAAUUUUGAUUUAUAUGUUUUCGAAUCUGUAGGAAAUUAUGCAUACAGAGUGUGUAGGAAUAUUCUUUCUCUGCUUCUCCCAGUCCAGAAAAAUACCUUUGCUGGAUGGUGAACUCUAUCUUGGGCAAACAUUUACUCUAGUUAAUUGCAACUAGUAAACAAUCACAAUUAGGACAAACACCACAGAAAUUGUUAUUGAAUCAGAUUAAGACAUAAAUCAAAGAAUGGUUGCAAAUUAGCAUUGAAACCGAGUUAAAGAAACGCCAAGUGGAUGGAUUCAGCUUCUUAUCUCUUUGUAUUGGCAGGAAAGUGCUUCGUUGUGCUUUGAUUGGCUGAUUCUAGAAGACCCUUGGGUCUUCCCCCAUGCAGCCAUUAGAAGAAAAAAAAAAUUAAAUAAGGUAAAUGGAGAAAAAUAUAUUUUAGGCCCUAGCCAAUGGGGUAGGACAGUGGUAACAGUAAGAGAACAAGGAGAAAUAAAAAUAAUAAAAAUAUCUCUACAUCUGGUUGCCUCUUUUUUGCACAGGCCACCAUCUUCAGUCAGACAACAUGGCCGCGGAAUGCUGCUGGACACUAAUGCCAGAUUCCCAUGUCUUUUUCUCUUUGAGGACGGGUAAUGAUCAGUAUGGAUAACGGAGUUGAAGGAGAAGAUUUGGUUUUUCUUGAAAGAACAAGACAUCUGAAGAAAUCCUUUGUUAAACAUUUCUUAUUAAAGUUUUCAUAGGAAACUUCGAAUUGGUGUCCCCUCUCUUUCUAAUAAGAAAGAGAACAUUAUGUAGAUUAUUGUUGGGUAUCCUUCGUACUAUCAUUUUUGUUGAAAGCUUUGGCAAAUAACAUCAAAGAAUUUAUGGAAGAAUUUUUUAAUUGCAAACCUUAGAAUCAGACCCCAAUGGGAGUGGCUUGUGAAAUAACACGGUUCAGACCUUCUAGUCCAAAAAAUCAGAGAUUCUUGCUUUUAAUUAGUAGGAAGGUCAAAACGAGUUGGAGGGAUGUCGAUCAUAAUCCAAGCACCAGCAGACAUUUACCUUGUGGUCUUUGACAGGAUGAGAAAAUCAUUAGCUAAUUUUCCUAUUGGCAACCAAGUCAGAAUGAGGAAAAAUAUCCAGAACUAUGUCUUGGGUGUUCACUCCUUAAUGCACUUGGUGAACUUUUGUCAAAUUUUCUAGUAAAAGAGCUUUUCUAGUCCCAGUGAUUAUUGUUUUUGUUGUUUGGGGUCAGAUGCUGCUUUAUUUUAUUUAUUCAAUUUUGAAUGGAGAAAAAUCAUAUGGAGAUAAAGCUUGAUCGUUCCUAAAUACUUGGGUACACAAUUUUUGCCAUAUUUAUUAGAAAAAGAGAUGUCCUUGGUCCCUAUUGUGUGCUUGUUUUAGAAAUAAAUGGUCGAACUUGUAAGCUUUUUAUUGUUGUGGUUUAACUCAACAUUUGUGGAAGCACACCCUCUUGGCUAACUAUGGCAUCAUCUCUAUCAUUUUUAGUUUCCACUUCAGUAACUUUUCCUUUGGACUGAAGUGUUGAUGUUUUCCACAAAUAUUCGGUUUACUAUGAAUUUCUUUUUGGUUCUUGUUUUGGCAACUCAAAUUCAUGACUAGCCACUUCUCCAUCUCGCUUUUUCUUUAAGUACGGACUGCCUUUCCGUGAUUGAUUGCUUUCUGUGGUGUCGUAGGCAAUCCAAAGGUCUCAAAGGGUUCUGAUGCCCCUAAUUCUGGACCCCCGUAUGCACCACUGACUAUUGAAGUACCAGCAUUAUCUCUUGACGAGCUCAAAGAAAAGACAGACAACUUUGGUUCUAAGUCUUUGAUCGGGGAAGGCUCAUAUGGCAGGGUAUAUUAUGCCCGAUUUGAUGCUGAGAAGGAUGCUGCAAUAAAAAAGCUUGAUGCAUCUGAUCCAGAGACCAACAACGAAUUCCUCUCCCAGGUUUGCCUGAAACUACAUAACUGUUAACAAUUAUCAAUAAACUGAAAUGUGUCAUCAGCUGAAGCUCUGCACCUUGUCUAAGCCAUUAUGUGAUGAUAUCAGGUUGCCAUGGUUUCAAAACUGAAGCACGAAAAUGUCGUCCAAUUAGUGGGUUACUGCGUUGAGGGAAAUCUCCGUGUGUUGGCUUAUGAGUAUGCCACAAUGGGUUCUCUUCAUGAUAUUUUACAUGGUAUUAUUUGUUGAGGACCAUUUGAAUUAUUCUCUGUUCAAGUUCCAUGAGUAUGUCUGUGUUAGCAAUCGAUUUUGUGUCCACAGGGCGGAAAGGAGUUCAAGGUUCACAACCCGGUCCAGUGCUUGACUGGAUGCAACGAGUGAGAAUUGCCGUUGACGCUGCAAGAGGGCUGGAGUAUCUGCAUGAGAAGGCCCAGCCUUCCGUAAUCCACAGGGAUAUCAGAUCGAGCAAUGUACUCCUAUUUGAGGACUUAAAAGCCAAAAUCGCAGACUUCAAUCUCUCGAAUCAGGCUCCAGAUAUGGCUGCCCGUCUCCAUUCUACACGUGUCUUGGGCACCUUUGGGUACCACGCGCCAGAGUAAGCAGACAGUUCAUUCGAUAUCUUUUCCUGUGAUCUUCUCUCUUUUCCUUAGUUUUGUAGCUUUAUACCAUGGAAAUUAGAUUGUUCAUUCAAUUUCUGAUUUUUUAAUUUCAAAGCUACAUUAUAGUGAAUUGAAUUGUCAAUGGGCCUGGCUGGACCAUGCCCAGGCCUAAAAAGCCCGGGUUAUGGACAGGCCUGUAGGAAGCCUGAGCCUGGACUGAGCCAGACCAGGCUUCUUCAAAGUGGAAUAACAUUGUGAGAAACUUUUGGUGCAAAAUCUUCCUCCAGGUAUGCUAUGACCGGUCAGUUGACCAUGAAGAGUGACGUCUACAGCUUUGGAGUUGUCCUCUUGGAGCUGCUUACGGGCAGGAAACCAGUGGAUCAUACGAUGCCUAGAGGGCAGCAGAGUCUAGUCACUUGGGUGAGCCGUUGUUGAAACCCCAGCACCCCCUUCUGCCCCUCCUCACAUGAUUACUCUUUGGCUUACGCUCGCUAGUGGUGUUUGCUUCGCAGGCAACGCCAAGGCUAAGUGAGGACAAAGUGAAGCAGUGUGUUGAUCCCAGGCUGAAAGGGGAAUAUCCUGCAAAGGGAGUCGCUAAGGUCAAAACAAACCCUUUGACUUGGUUUUAAUAUGAGCUAAUUAAUGCCACAUAAUUAUUGGGCUUAUCUUUGAGUUUUGUCUUCCUCUUCCUUCAGCUGGCAGCAGUCGCCGCCCUGUGCGUGCAGUAUGAGUCCGACUUCAGGCCAAACAUGGGCAUUAUUGUGAAAGCUCUCCAGCCUCUACUUAUACAGAAAACUGCCGUCCCCACCCCAGAUCCUGAGAACUGA